AUCCUGCAUGCUGCUGUUGAUCACAUAUAAAAUGUCAUGCCCCAAAGGAAUCAUUAGCAAUAAUUAUUACUGUCUUCUUCAAACAUUUAAUCUCCAAGAAUAUAAUUAUAGAUGAUCUAUAUACUUGUUUUUGCUUUGGCUGCAACAGCCAUUAGCAUUGCUGCAGUUGAAUUCAUUGAAGAGCCUCGAAGUCAAUCAAUUCUGAUUGGAGAAAGCGCCAUAUUUAACUGCAAGGCGUAUGCCCAUUUAACAACUUGGUAUAUUGACGGUCAUGAGUUAGAACAUCCAUAUGACUGGGACCAACCACCACCAGAUGUUUAUCUCCCUAAACCAUUGUCCUCUCGUCAGCCGGAUACCUAUAACUUGAGCAUGACUGUUAGCGGGACACUUUUGAGGAACAAUACCAGAAUUCACUGUGUUGCUAUUGCAACCAAUUUUUUAUCUGUAACAAGUGAUACAGCUGUUCUUCAAGUAUACCAAAUUCAACCACCCAACAUUACAUUGAAUGUGAGUGAAUGGCCAUCCGUCAUGACGUUGCUCAUUCAAACGUCCUCGUUUUGGUUUGAUUUUGGCAGCUCUCAUUACAAUUUGACUCUUACCCUUCAAACUGAUUGUAAACGAUCUGAUGGUGUGCUCUACAGUGUUUCAAUUCCAACUAUGACAAGUUCUAUUAGCAUCUCAAAAGAUGUCUUUCAGUUUGAGAACUGUUCACAGUAUUUGAUAAGUGCAACAUCUGUUAGUCCUACUCUUGGCAGAAGUACAUCCAUUGAAUUCAUUUUUACAUCACCCCAAGUAGUACUACCAUCAAUUGAGUUUAGCAACAGGCACUCAGUGUACUUUGACAAAAGUUUGAAUCCACUCUUAAGUCUUCAUGCUCAGGUUUCAAGUCUUUGUCAUCUUCUCAAAUAUGCAUACUUUGUUAUGAUUACGGCUACAAACCAGUCUCUGGAGUUUGGUCCUAAACAAGUGGCUAUGGAUGGAUUGAUAAGAGAAGAGAUAAGCAACAACCUGCAUAUUGAUACACAAUAUACAGUUUGGAUUGAAAUCGAAUCAUUUCAUCCUACAGCAUUAGCAUUAAGCAGAAUAUCCUCAUCACAAAAUGUCUUCAAUACUGAAUUCAACUUGCAACGGUCGUUAUCGACAAAUUCAUCAUUGUCUAACAAUGCAGGUGGUACACUUCAAAUUGUGUCUGUACUACUUGGAGUGCUCUCUGGUCUACUAUUGCUGACAUUGCUCAUUUGUGUGACAUGCUGUCUCGUAUGUAGGAAUAAACGCAGAGGAAUAAACAGGAAGAGCACAUCUACCUCACAAGCCAUGAUCGAAAAUCCCAUUUAUAAUGGCCCCGUGUACGAGACUGUUCCACAAGGAUACAAUCCACUUUGCUCCUCAGCUAGCACCACACCUGAUUCCUCCCCCACCACCCCCAUCAAUGGCAACAUUCAUUACACAGCCAACCCUACGUCUCGUACUGAUAUCAUCGAUCUUGUUCGCAAAAAUUCCCUACCUACUCAGCCAAACGACAGGAUUUUAUCACCUCUUGCCGGCACUAGCUAUCGGUCCUCGAGCUUAUCUGGCAACUCCACUGUGAAGCGACCACACAGUGAGAGGAAUAAGCUACACCUAACCCUCUCUCUUGGAAGGAGCCAUAAAGAGGCUGAUCAAAAUUGCACUGAAAAUGGUGGUACUAAGAAGAGGGGAAGUGGCCCAUUAUCGGAGGAAGAUGCGAACUAUACGGUUAUGAGUCCUGCUAUAAGCCGUACGUCUGGGAGCUCAUUAAACGGAGGAUGGGGAGAAACGAAUCCUGAAGUGACAAGCAAGUAUAAGGAGUAACUAAACUGAACAGGUACUAUCAUAAACUCAGUUUGCAAGUGUGUGCUUUUAAUUAUAUAUAGCUACAGCAUGAUAGUUACAGCAUGAACAAAUGCAUGUGUCAUAUCAACCGCAAUCACAACAUUCAGCCGAAUAGUUUAGUCAACACUUUCACUUAGACCAUAGGAAACCACAUGUAUAAUUAUUAUGCUUGUGAACUUCGUAUACAGUUUUAUAAAUGUGUGUGCACCUUCA